AUGUUCUCCAAGGUUCUUCUGUGCUGCCUCUUCGCCUACGUGGCUGCCGGCGUUGUGGAAGAAUAUCCACCUCAGCCAUACAGCUUCGCCUACGAUAACACCGACGAGUUCGGCACCCGCAUCGCCCACGAGGAGAACGCCGACGCCAACAACGCUAGGGUGGGAUCCUACAGCUACUCUGACGCCUCCGGCAUCACCCGUACCGUGAGGUACACUGCCGACGCCAGUGGCUUCCACGCCACCGUCGAGACCAACGAGCCAGGCACCAAGUCCUCCGCCCCAGCCGACGUGGAGUACGCCUCCUCUGCCGUUGAGGGCCCAGCCCCAGUUGCCGUCAAGGCCCCUGUCGCCGUUCACGCCGCCCCAGUCACCGUCCACGCCGUUCACGCUGCUCCAGUUGUGCACGCUGUGCACGCUGCCCCAGUGGUUCACGCAGUGCACGCUUCUCCAGUGGCCUUCCACGCCGCUCCAGUCUCCUAUGCCCUCUCUCACGCUCCCCUCACCUACACUCUUGGCCGUGCCAAGAGCGCCUAA